AAGGAAUUGAGUGACGGGGCAGUGUUGAAAUAAAAGAAAUAGAAUAACCUCAUCUCACCCUUUUCUUAUCCGAAUGGGGGAAGGGGGGAUGUUGUAUCACCCAGAAGAGAAGAGAAGAAGCGUACCCUUGAAUGAAAUGAAGUUAGUUAGUAGUUAGUUAGUUAGUAACUCUUAUUUUUUGGAGAAAGGAUAAUGUGGUCAUCAUCGUCGUCGUGUUUAUUGCCACAAUUCAUCUGCAACCCAGACACUUUCAUCAGAAUCCCUACCCACCGGCAUCAUCAUCAUCAUCAUCAUCAUCUCUUUCUUCUUCAGUCACCCAAAACAACUACAACAAGACACUGUAUUUUGUCUUCUUCAACGGCACUCCUUGAUUUCAAAUUUGAUGUUGCUCCUGCUGAAUCUGAAAACUCACCACCUUGGCCCUAUGCCUCUCAGGCACACUCCUCCUCCUCAUCUGUAGAAUCACUUCUUACUAGUGAAGACGCUGUUAUAGCUGCUGCUGCUUCCGAAGCUCUUACUCUUGCUAAGGCUGCUGCAAAGCUUGCAAAGGAUGCUACUCUCUUAGUCAAUAACAAGCUCCCACAACAUAAUCAACAACCACCGCAACUUCCUUCCACCCCUGAAAAUUUACUUCUCAAAUGGGUUCAACACAUGGAAGCAGCCGAAUAUGCUGCUGCUGCUGUAUCCAUUGCCACUGGACCAGCAGGACCAGAUAUAAUGGAACAUCUUCACAUUAGCCCCAACCAAGAGGAUGACUUUAAUGAUGACGACGAGCCUACCUCUGAGGAACUUGAAGAUGUAGAGGAACAGCUUUACGAUACUAGUAUAGAUGCAAGAUCCGGGCGCCAAACAGAAAGAAAAGCCAGAAGAGUCAGAGCUUCUGGGAAGGCUGCCACAAACAUCGUCUCCUUCAGGUCUGGAUCCACCACCAGGAAAAAGCGUGUUCGUACACAAGAGGUUGACUAUUCUGAUCCAUUGCGUUACUUAAGAACAACAACUAGAACUACAAGGCUUCUCACUACAUCCGAAGAAAUUAAGUUCUCUGAAGGAAUACAGGACCUCAUAAAGCUCGAAAAACUUCAAGAGGACCUUGCAGAAAAAUGUGGUGGCCAGCCCACAUUUGCUCAAUGGGCUACAAUGGCAGGGGUAGAUCAAAAGACCCUAAGAAAACGUUUGAAUUAUGGUGUAUUUUGCAAAGAAAAAAUGAUUAAAAGCAAUAUACGACUUGUCAUAUCAGUUGCUAAGAAUUAUCAGGGAUCUGGGAUGAGUCUGCAAGAUCUGGUCCAGGAAGGAUGCCGCGGGCUUGUAAGAGGUGCAGAGAAGUAUGAUGCUUCUAAGGGUUUUAAGUUCUCAACCUAUGCUCAUUGGUGGAUUAAACAGGCAGUUCGGAAAUCACUUUCUGUUCAGUCAAGGACUAUUCGCUUGCCAUUCCACAUGGUGGGGGCAACUUACAAAGUGAAGGAGGCAAGAAAACAGUUGUACAGUGAAAAUGGAAGACAACCUGACGAUGAAGAAGUUGCCGAAGCAACUGGGCUGUCGAUGAAGAGGCUUAGUGCUGUCCUUUUGACCCCAAAAGCUCCCAGAUCUCUAGAACAGAAAGUUGGGAUCAACCAGAGUCUUAAACUUUCAGAAGUACUUGCUGAUCCUGAAGCUGAAACAGCCGAAGAACAGCUCAUUAAGCAGUUCAUGAAAAAGGACCUGGAAAAGGUAUUGGACAGUCUCAAUCCUAGAGAGAAACAGGUGAUUAAAUGGAGAUUUGGUAUGGAUGAUGGAAGGAUGAAGACACUACAAGAGAUUGGGGAAAUGAUGGGUGUAAGUAGGGAGAGAAUUAGACAAAUUGAGUCAUGUGCUUUUAGGAAGCUUAAAAAUAAGAAGAGAGCCAAGCAUUUGCAGCAGUAUUUUGUUUCAUAAUCCCAUCAAAUAUUGAAGUUAGCUUAUUACAGGUCCUGAUAUCUUUGUUCUUUUUAUGUAUGUUCUUCCUCCACAUUUUCUUCAUUAUUCAAGAGAAAACAAAAAGGUUAUUUUCAGUAUACUAGGAAUCAUGUAAACACAAGCAAAUGACUUUUUGACCAAGAGUUCAUCAUUAUUUUUUUUGUA